UCUCCGAGCGGAUGUUGCAUGGAAGAGUACCGGGAACUCAACGUUGCGGUUCCGUGAUAUCAACACUAGUUUGGACGCCCUACCUAAAUUCUCGUCGCGCGCGGAUGGAUGUAGAUGAACCAGAGUUAAACGUCACCCUUGAAAGAGUGCUUUCCGGAUAAACUCCGCCGCCGUACGUUCUACCGAGCUUAGCUUAGCUUUUAUUAGCCGCCCAGUGUUUCUCUCUCCCUGGCUCUGGCUCUGGCUUCGGCUUCCCUUGCCACCUUUGGGGAAACCGUGUCACUUGAGGGUGUUCGCUUAAAUUGUUUGUGUGAAAAUGGGCACAACGAGUGGAACAAAUGAGAACGAGCAUCAAGGUCAACUACAGGACGCGGUUCUCCAGCAUCCUCCAGUCGUGUUGCACACUGCAAGCGUCACAGGUGGAGAUGUCGGUCCUGAGCGGCACGACUCGGAAUUGGCCAACGUCAAAGAGGAGGAGUGGGAGGGGCCAGAGCCUGCCCACAUGAAAGAACGGGAGCUCGAGCUGCAGCUUCCUCGCGUCAAAGAGGAAGAACAGGAGCUUCCGUUCAUUGGCAUCGUUGUGAAAAGCGAAGACGACGUCAGUCAACAGGAGCCAGAGUCACCUCAGGCUAAGGAAGAGGAGGAGGAGCUCACCGAGAUGCCGCCGACCGGCAAAGAGGGGCUUCGACGCGAGGAGGGCGGAGGGACGGGGCCUCUCGGCCGCAGCUCUACGACACCUGAAGGUGGCCCGGGCCACCCUGGAAGAUCCCGUGCGGACGGCCUCUUGGCUCCGCUUUCCGAUCACCGCCACGACAUUUGGCACUCUGGUAAUAACCGUGAGGAUGACGGAGGACACUCUGGCAGCGUUUCAUGUCAGACAGACAACCUGCGCUGGACAUGUUCUCAGUGUGACAAAACAUUUGAAGCCAAGUCCGAUUUGAAAAUGCACACUGGGGAAAAAGCUCUGGCCUGCUCGCUUUGUAGUCAAGGAGCCCCUUUGACCAACUCAAUUGAGGAAAAACAUUUUGCUUGCUCAGUCUGCCACUUGAAAUUCCGGAAGCAGUGCAAUUUAAAGGCCCACAUAAGAACACACACAGGAGAGAAACCUUUUGCCUGCUCGGUCUGUGAGAAAAGAUUUACGGAAAAGGGCCAUCUGAGAACGCACUCAAGAACGCACACUGGGGAAAAACCUUUUGCCUGCUCAGUGUGCGAGCAGAGGUUCUCGGAGAAGGGAAGCUUACGAAAACACGCGAGAACCCACAGUGGGGAGAAACCUUUUGCCUGCUUGGUUUGUGCGAAAACCUUCACUCAGAAGGGACAUUUGCGAAGGCAUUCGAGAACGCACUCCGGAGAGAAGCCUUUCAGCUGCAAUGUGUGCGCUAAACGCUUUGCCAAUAAGUAUCAGGUUACAAUCCAUCAUUGUGCUGGUGGUGAGAAAAGCAGUGGGCAUCAAGCUUCAAACAGACAGUGACCAAACAAAGUCAGCUAGCUGUUUUGUGGAAAUAUUCCACAGCCUUCCAUUCGAAGGAAGGCCUCAUUGGAUUUGUCCCCUCUGACCAAAUUCGUCUUUGAACUGUUUCGAUCGCUUGGACCAACAACGGUGCUUUUUCAAGCGCUCUAGCACUAAAGUCCAGCUGGCAUUUUGGAUCAGCUAGCUAGCUGUACAUUGGGGGCUGGCUGCAUCAUGUUGGCAAUAUGAUUGCGACAUGUAGCUAAAGAAAUGACCGAGCUCAUGAAAGAAGUAGAUGCUGUAGCAAUAAGCACGCUCAAUGUAUUCUUAGCUAAUUCAUUGUAAUUAACCUUGAUCAUGUUCAAUUCUGGAUGAUGAUGCCGCGCGUAGAUCGAGCUUUUCAACUGCUUUUGUCCGUGCUACCGCCAGUAGAGCAGAGCAGAGCAGAGGAGAGCUGUAAAAAGCCCCCUCCCUCCCUUCCUCCGGUCUGCAGGUGCUUUUUACUUUGUUUUUCUGCUCAUCAUAAGCAAAGAUACGAUUCGUUUGACAAAUGAGUCAUUUCAUUGAUUCCGUUGCGUUUUGUCAGUCGUCGAGCGAGGAAAACGCACAGCUAGGAGCUGAGCCAUCUGCGCCUCCAAAGUGGCUUCUGUUGUUUGGUGCAGGUGGUGAAUUUCUGCUAUGGUGGCCCACUAGCUGUGCCUAUGUUACAAAGCUCUGUAUGCCGUGCCAGUGGUUCUGAUUGACUAACUCGCUUUGUAUCAAUUAAUACGAGUAUGUACACAUUG